CCGGCAGCAGAGGAAGAGGGAGGUGCUCUACGUUCGCGUGCUCUCCAACCAUGUCUCGAGUAGCCAAGAGAUUUUACCGUGUUGACAGCCUCUACAGCUUAGAGAAUCUCGACCGAGGGGAGUCUGCGCAAGAGGAGAACCGAUGGGUGUUCGAAGUGAGCCACGAGGCGGCCAACAAAGUUGGUGGAAUCUACCAGGUGAUCCGGAGCAAGUGCAGCGCGUCGGUCGAGGAACUAGGGGACCAGUAUGUGCUUCUCGGUCCUUAUAAAGAGGCCAGCGUCAGGAUGGAGGUGGAGCUGGGGGAGUUCCCUGCCGACUCGCCCCUCACGGCAGCCAUCAACAGCGUCCGAUCCUUGGGGUGGAGGAUCCACACGGGACGUUGGCUGGUAGAUGGAAGCCCGCAGAUCAUCCUCUUCGACAUUGGCACAGCUGCCGACAAGCUAUAUAGUUAUAAGCAGGAGUUUUAUGAAAGCACAAAGAUUGGCAUACCCAACCAGGACAUCGAGUGCAACGAUGCAGUUCUGUUUGGUUUCAUGGUGGCUAAAUUUAUUGAGGAGUUUCGUUCAGAAGUGGUUAAUUUCCAUGACUCAAAACCCCGCGUCUGCGCACACUUCCACGAAUGGCUGGCAGGCGUGGGUCUCGUCAUGCUCAGAAUAAAAAACGUGGACGUCGCCACAAUUUUCACGACACACGCCACACUUCUGGGCAGAUUUUUAUGUGCGGGAGCGGUAGAUUUCUACAAUAAUUUAGACAAGCUUCAAGGAACUUCUGCAUCAGAUGAACGGUUCAACAUAGAUGAGGAGGCGGGUAAGCGAGGCAUCUACCACAGGUAUUGCAUGGAACGCUGUGCUGUCCACCUAUCCAACACAUUCACUACUGUCUCAGAGAUCACAGGUGUUGAGGCAGAGCACCUCCUCAAGCGCAAGCCCGACAUCAUCACGCCCAAUGGCCUCAACGUCAAGAAAUUUGCCGCCUUGCAUGAGUUUCAGAACAUGCAUGCUAUAUCGAAGGAGAAGAUCAACGACUUCAUCCGAGGGCAUUUCUACGGGCACAUGGACUUUGACCUCGACAAGACCCUCUAUUUCUUCAUUGCAGGAAGGUACGAGUUUGGCAACAAGGGAGCCGACUUGUUCAUCGAGGCUUUGGCUAGAUUGAAUCACUACAUGAAGGCCAGUGGAACAGACAAGACUGUUAUAGCCUUCAUGAUCUUCCCGGCAAAAACCAACAACUUCAACAUUGAGUCGCUUAGGGGCCAGGCUGUGACGAAAAGUCUCCGUGAUGCCAUUCAUGACAUCCAGUCGAAGAUUGGCAAGCGCAUGUAUGAUAUUUGCUUAACUGGUCGCCUCCCCGAGCCAGAUGAACUACUGCUGAAAGAGGAAACGGUUAGAUUAAAAAGAUGUAUAUAUGCAGCCCAGAGAAAGAACCUGCCACCCAUCACCACACACAAUGUCGAAAAUGAUACGGUUGAUCCCGUACUCAGCGCUCUGCGUAGAUGCCGCAUGUUCAACGACACACACGAUAGAGUUAAGGUCAUUUUCCAUCCCGAAUUCCUGUCGGUCACCAAUCCACUCUUCGGCAUGGACUAUGAGGAAUUUGUCCGCGGAUGCCACUUAGGCGUAUUCCCUUCGUACUAUGAGCCUUGGGGUUAUACGCCUGCUGAAUGCACUGUCAUGGGCAUUCCGUCAGUCACCACCAACCUCUCAGGCUUUGGCUGCUUCAUGUCUGAGCACAUAGCUGACCCAAUGAGCUAUGGUAUAUACAUCAUUGACCGCAGAUACAUAAGCCUAGAGGAGUCCGUGAGGCAACUAGCACAAAACCUUUUUGAAUUUGUUCAGCUGAAUCGCCGCCAACGUAUCAUCCAGAGAAACCGUACUGAGCGCUUAUCAGAACUGCUUGACUGGAAGAUUUUGGGAACAUAUUAUCGUCAAGCGCGUCAACAUGCCCUACGCACAGUGUACCCAGAGCUGGCCAUGGAGGAGGAAGCAGCAGGUGCAGGACGGCUCAACUAUCCCCGACCUCUGUCUGAACCCCCAUCACCCACCUCUUCACGAGCCACAACACCCGCACCCUCAGAACAUGGCUCAGAUGAGGAUAGCGUAGAUAGCGAGGCAGAGUUGGAGGAGCUUGGCGUCACGAGUGGAAACGGAAGCACAGCUGGAAGUCGAUAGAUAGAUAAAGAGAAAGAAGAGGCUUAAGCUUGUCUACUCUUUUUACAUUCAUUUUUAACUUAUAUUAUUAUUUUUUUAAUUCUUAUUAUUGAUGUUAUUGUUAUUAUUAUUACUAUUAUUGAUAUUUAUAUUAUUAUUAUUAUUAUUAUUAUUAUUAUUUUCAUCAUGAUCGUUGUUACCAUUCUUUUUAUUUGCUCCAUAUUUUGUCCCCUCAGUAAGCUAGCGGUUUGUUCGAAGAUAAAAAGAAGUUUGAACAUCAA